GACGGUCCUACUGGCUCGCGCAUAGAUGAACAUGGGAUCCAUGGCGAAAAGGCUGUCGACACCAAAAUCGCUGCCAACGCCCGCAUCAGCACCAGUAAUAUCACAUCCAGAGACUCGGCCAUAAGGUCCUGGGUCCAAGAAACCCAGCAUGCCUUGCCCCCAGAGGAGAAUCCGGUUGCGUUCCGCACUCGCUCUUCGUUGCGAUCGUGUGCCCUAGGUCUCUCGGUCUCUCAGGUCCUCUCCUCCUCGCGAUCGUCUCCGUCCACCGUAGCGCCUCAUUUCGACGCUUCUCUGAUAUACAUGUCCGAAAGCACUCUCGUUCAAGAAAUCCACAGACUGGAAAUGGAGAUCAGCGAGACAAAAAUCGAGAUUCAGCGCUUGGGGCUAAUCGCGACACAAGGAUUUUCGGGUUCGAAGGAGAAGGGGAACAGCUUAAAGAGUCGGAGUAGUAGAGGGAAGAGCUUGCGGUCUCGUGGUACGAUGGAAAGGACUGAGUCGUGUGCGAGACGUGUCACUGAACAAGCCAAACACCACGAGAGGAAGCUGCAGAAGAAUGCGGUUAAUACACGCAAAGCUGUCAAGGACGAGCAAUACAUAUAGGUGGCCAUCGUGGGCGGCACCAAAAUACUCAGAGGUGUGCCAGCAAAAUAAGAGCGGCCUCCAGACCGAGUGGGUGGUCAGAAGCAAGAUAUCCUCGUGUCGAGGCCACACCAGGUUGAAGUGCAACCCUCGCUUUGCCAACCUCUUUGGCGGUCACGGUUGUGCUUGCAGGUCACCGACCUGAGUCUGAGGCUUUGACACCGUGUAUUUCCCUCAAGCGGUCACCGUACCACCGUCCCCCAUCUCCACAUUCUUGCUCCACCACAUACCAAUCAUUUGCUCGAAGGACAUUUCAUUCAUCAUCUCUCACGCUCAUCAUUGAAUCAACCUCCACAUCUUCAUUCUGCAAACGUAUUCUGCUGCGUUGCAUUUCUCGUGUCAUACUUCCUUCUGGACUAACUUUAAUGCCUCAACUUAGCCUUAGAAAUUCCCUGUUCCAUCCAAAGAUAGUACCGUGGUAUCGUGACUGUUCAAUGUAUCCG